GGAAAGCUCUGCAUCUUCUACAAAUGUUACCAAGCAAGGAAAUCAUGAACCUGGUGGUCCCAAUGCUGUGUUCGUUCAGCCACUUGCAGAAACUGGCAGGUCCUUGACAUCGGGAGCAGAGCUGGCCUGGAAUGGAUACAGUAAACAUGGUUGCUACUAAUGAUGCAAAUAAGAUGGGCGGCCUGAAAUCCUCAGACACUAGUCUUGUAGUGGGUUCAUGUCAAGAUGAAUUGUCCAUUGAUGAAGGAAAUCAGUCGAGUUGACAGGAUGCCCUCGCAUCUAAAAGUUUUGAAGUUUCAAGGCUAGUGCGCCAAGAAAAAGAGGGCCUGCUGCAAAACAACAUGAAUACGGCUCUUAUCAAUGGGCAUUUCAGAGAGCAAUGCUUAAAGUCUAGCAUGGAGCGUCUUCAUAAAGAGUUGGAAAGGAUGAAAAGUGAGAACCUGACUUCUCUUCUACCACAAGAUGAACAUCAUUCAGACCCAGCUUUUCAAGGUUUACAAAGAGAGUUGUUGCAAUUACACACGGCAAAUGAUCAAUUGGGGAGCAUAUUUCCUUUAUUUAAUGAAUUUUCAGGCAGUGGAAAUGCAUUGGAAAGGGUACUUGCACUGGAAAUUGAGCUCGCGGAAGCAUUGCAAGCAAAGAAAAAAUCGAGCAUUCAUUUUCAGAGGUAGACUAUAGCAUGGAUGGUAACAAACAUCAAUGACCUUAUUCAUUUUACUGCAGUAUGUGAAUUUUUUAACCCAUA